AUGAAAAUGAUAAUCCAUAUUUUCUUCAUCAUCUCCUUGCUAUCAUCCAUCUCUUUUGCUUCCGUUCAAGACUUUUGUGUAGCUGAUCCAAAGGGUCCUCAAAGCCCAUCAGGAUACUCUUGCAAGGACCCUGAACAAGUCACCGAGAAUGACUUUGCAUUUUCCGGCCUCGCUAAAGCCGGAAACACUAGUAACAUCAUUAAAGCCGCAGUGACGCCAGCCACUGCACCCGGUUUUGCAGGCACCAAUGGACUUGGCGUCUCUUUGGCUCGUCUUGACUUAGCCGGUGGUGGUGUCAUCCCUCUUCACACUCAUCCUGGUGCUUCUGAGGCUCUUGUAGUCAUACAAGGCACAAUUUGCGCCGGAUUCAUAUCCUCGGCUAACAAAGUUUACUUGAAGACUCUCAACAGAGGCGAUUCUAUGGUUUUUCCUCAAGGGCUUCUUCAUUUCCAGCUUAAUUCCGGGAAAGGCCCUGCCUUGGCCUUCGUCGCCUUCGGAAGCUCUUUUCCGGGGCUCCAGAUCCUACCGUUUGCUCUUUUUGCAAAUGAUUUGCCUUCGGAACUCGUUGAAGCCACUACUUUCCUCAGUGAUGAAGAGGUUAAGAAGCUUAAGGGUGUGCUUGGAGGAACUAAUUAA